AUGUUCGCGACAGAAAGGCCACCUGCCCCGCAGGCAGCAGCAGCCCCAGCCUCAGCCUCGACGGACACAGCACACUCUUCACCAAACCAGAGUCCCAUAGAGCGGAAGGCGUCGGCUCCCCAUGGCCUGAAUGCAAGGAGCUGCGUUACUUGCAGGCGGCGCAAAGUGAAGUGUGACAAGCAAUUUCCUUGCUCGAAUUGCUCGAAAGCUGGCCAGCAAUGUGUGUUCCCAGCACCAGGUCGCGCUCCCCGAAGACCUCGAACUGGUGGUAAGGUGGUUAGCGAACGCGAGGCUGAGCUAUUGAAGAGGCUGCGGAGGCUGGAAGGCGUGGUGGAAGAGCUGAGUGGACAAGUCGAAAUCGAAGCCAUCAAACAUUCCCCAUCCAGCGACAACUCAUCCUCACAAAGAGAUGGGGAUCCAUCGACCGAUACAAGCGGCAAAGGCACGGUGCGAGUUGUUGGCAUGGACGAAGGAAGUGGAAACAGGCGAGCUUGGAUCACAAGAGCAUUCAGAGUUGGGGAUGGCCCACCGAAGACAGCCUUCAGCGCGCAUGAACCCAAUAGAGCCGGGCGGUUAGUUUUGGAGGAGGGGAAGAGUCGUUAUGUGGCAUCUCCAUUCUGGGCAUCGAUAAACGAUGAGGUCGAAGAGAUUCGUGAGAUGCUGGAUGAUCAGGAAUUCGAUUCGGACUCGGACACACCCAUUCCUCCUUCUGAUGCGGUCACUGAGCCAAAUCACCAGAGUUUCAUCAUGGGAUACAGCAGCAGUGAUGUGGAUCUAAAACCUCUGCAUCCAUUGCCUUCGCAAAUACCCUUCUAUUGGCAAACAUUUCUGGAAAAUGUUCAACCGCUCGUCAAAUUACUGCACACACCGACCAUGAGCAAGGUCAUCAAAGAGGUUCAAAAUAAUCUGGAUAGUCUCAGCAGGAGUACCGAGGCUUUAAUGUUUGCAAUUUAUUUUGCUACAAUAACAUCUAUGAAUGCUAGUGAGGUUCAAACCAACUUUGGGAUUGAAAAAGAACAUCUUCUCAAGCGGUAUAGAUUCGGGGUCGAGCAAGCUUUGGCCAAAGCAAGCUUCUUGAACACAAACGAAAUCGUCACAGUUCAAGCUCUCGUGUUAUUCUUGGUCUGCGUUCGAAGACACGACGAUACACGCUUUGUCUGGUCAUUGACCGGGCUUACUUUGAGGAUUUCUCAGUCUCUGGGUCUUCACAGGGACGGAUCUGUAUUUGGACUUUCCCCGUUCGACACUGAAAUGCGCCGACGUCUGUUUUGGCAAUUGUGUAUACUCGACACACGAGCGUCCGAGGAUCAUGGCUCAGACCCUUCAAUUCUUGACUACUCCUUCGAUACUAAAUUUCCACUGUCAAUCAACGACAAUGACCUCGAUCCCAACGCCACAGAACCCCCUGUUCCUCGAGAAGGAGUCUCUGAGAUGACUUUCUGCUUGAUUCGUUAUGAGAUUUGCAACCUGACUCGGAAGUUGACCUAUACCCCACCAGGCGAGACGCCAUGGAAAAUUGCAGGAAAGCAGCCAUUAUCGCUUGAAGAAAAGGAAGAGAUGAUCAGAGAUUGUGCCAGACAUUUAGAGAAAACCUAUCUCCGAUACUGCGAAGAUGCUGGACCGUUAUACUGGGUUGCGGCCACGGUUGCACGACUCAUCCUUGCGAAGAUGUCUUUAAUAAUCUAUCACCCAUUGACACAGCCCGGCAAACCAAAUAGUCUCUCACGAGAUAUCAAAGACCGCCUCUUCAUGGCGUCUAUUGAAAUCAUCGAAUAUUCCCGUAUCCUCGAAUCAGAAGCAAGCACAAAGCAAUGGGGCUGGCUCUUCCACACAUAUAUACAAUGGCAUGCCAUAGCCUAUAUCCUCGGUGAACUCUGCCAACGGCCCAACUCCGCCAUCGUCGAGCGCGCAUGGCGCGCCGUCGACGUCGUCUUCAGCACUUGGGACGGCGCGAUAACACACACCAAGUCUGGCAUGCUCUGGCAACCCAUGCGCAAGCUGCUCGCCAAAGCCCGCCGCAAGCGCGAAGAGAACAUGCGCACAGCAGCAACAAAUGGCAACUCGACGCUAGACCUUGGAAUCGAUCAGAAGUACAUGCGUCCUGAAGCGACAGCGUAUUCCUCUAUAGGCUGCAACAGAACCAUCGCCCAAGAUCGCCUUCUGCCUCACAUUACAAACACAACUAUGGACCGAGGGCCCAGUAAUCCCGGUGCCCAGGCCCCCUCUUCAGAAGCACCUGAUGCCAAUACUGGUAUGUACGUGGAUGAUUCCUCCAUGAUGCAGCCACAGGUGGUAGGCAUGGGUAUGCUGGCCCCUGAUCAGAUCCAAUUGCAGCUUCAACAGCAGCAGCAGCAGCAGCAGCAGCAGGGAAUUCAACAAACGCCUUGGCUUAUGGACAACAAUGCGUUGUUAGAUCUAGAUAUGAAUGCCCUGGAUGGAGAUGUGAAUUGGGAGGGGUGGGAUGAUCUUGUAAAGGACUUUCAGAUGGAGGUUGAUAACCAGCCUGAUAGGGUUGGCCCAACUCUUGGGGGGGUGGGGAGUUGGUGGUAA